GUCUCGUACAUCAGUCUGGCAUUGCCUCGUCCGUCAGACCAACUCGUUUCUUUGUUGAGCCAUCAGGGGGGGUUUCUGGGAUUUCUUUGUGCCUCUCCGUCGCCGCAGACUUUUCUCAACCUUCGGGACGACUCCGGAUCCCUCCAGCACCAGAUUCCCAGAGCGCCGUUCCGAUAAAAUGCUGUCCAUCUUGAUGGUAUCCCAUCUGCUGGCGAUCGCGGCGAUGCUUGUCUCCGCUCGAGCCCAAUCCAGCAGCACUAACGUGCCCUCCACUACUGAGACUCCCCAGGCAACCACCACGACCUCCGCCAUCGCAACCCACACCGUCCAGGUGGGCUCUAAAGAAGAUCCUCACCAAUACUCCCCCCAUAAUAUCACUGCUGCGGUCGGUGAUAUUAUUGUGUUCGAAUUCUAUCCGCGGAACCACUCCGUCGUCAAGGCCGACUACAAUGCGCCGUGUGUGCCGGCCAGCGGGACCAUCUUCUACUCGGGCAUCUUUAAUAGUUUCAAUGAGCAGAAUGGAGAGUUGGUUGGGCCGCCACCGACGUGGUCCCUCGUCGUCAACGACACCAAGCCUACAUUCUUCUACUGCACUGCGAUUGAUUCCUGUAUUGGCAAUGGCAUGGUCGGGGUCAUCAACCCGAAUGCCACCAUGACAUGGGAAACCCAAUACGAAAAAGCCAAAUCAUACCCCUACAUGCUCGUCCCGGGGCAAUCCAUGCCCGCCGAAGGCACCAUUCCGCCCACCUCCAGUGCCACCUCGACCUCGACCUCAACCUCUACCCCAUCCCCAUCCACCUCCAACUCGGGCCUCAGCACCGGCGCCAUCGUAGGCAUCGUCAUCGGAAUCGUCGCCUUCGUCGGCCUCCUCGGGGCGCUGUUCUUCGUUCUCGGUCGAAACCGCGUCUACAAGCAAUGGAUGUCCAGCCAAGACGGCCGACACGAACGCACCGCCCGAUGGGCCGCCCUGCUGAGUCCGAGUUCGGGCAACACGAACACGGCCCCGCGGAAGAGCGAGAUGGAACAUAGCACGGGGAUGCCCCAGAGUGAGUUCCCAGGAUCCGUGGGAGGGAUGUCUUCACCACAGCAGCAAACCGGGGGCUUAUGGGGAUGGGAUGCGCCUCAGCAACAGCAACAGGACCAGCAGGUCUACCAAGGGCAAGGACACGGUCCAGGACAGGUAUACUAUGAGGCUAUGGCGCAAGGACCGUCCGAAUUGGAGGCACCGGCUCGGUAGGCAUAUUCCACCGAGUAAUACUACGGACGCAGACAUGUGAGCGAUAUUACUUAUGACUGAUGUAUUGUAUUGUUAUUAUCCUCCCUCGCUCUACUGUAUACUGCAAUUGAUC